AUGCAUGGGUUAGGGAACAAGACGCACACGCACGAGUUCUUGUUUACUCUUCGCAACCAACCCAUACCAUCCACAAUGCCCCAGCCCGUUCCCCCCUCUUGGAAGGACCUCGGCAAGUCCGCCUCGGACCUGCUCCAGAAGGACUACCCCAUCCACGGCACCUCGCUCGAGGUCAAGACCCUCACCCCUUCCAACGUCGCCUUCAAGGUUGCCGGCACCCGCGACUCGGCCUCCAACUCGAUCACCGGUGACAUUGAAGGCAAGUACACCGACUUCAAGAACGGCUUGACCGUCACCCAGGCUUGGACCACCUCGAACCUCCUCCGCACCCAGGUUGAGCUCGAGAACCAGCUCGCCAACGGCCUCAAGCUCGACCUCAACACCACCCUCAACCCCGCAAAGUCGCAGAAGGCCGCCAUCCUCACUGCCAUCUACAAGCAACCCUCGGUCCACACCCGUGCCGUUGCCGACGUCUUCAAGGGCCCCACCUUCACUGCUGACGCCGUUGUCGGCCACGACGGCUUCCUCGUCGGUGGUGAGGCUUCGUACGACGUCUCGUCCGGCAAGCUUAACCGCUACGCCGCCGCCGUUGGCUACUCGGCCCCCGAGUACGCCGUGACCAUCCACUCGCUCCAGCAGCUCUCGAUCUACAGCGCCUCGUACUACCACAAGGUCUCGAAGGACGUCGAGGCCGGUGCCCGCGCCGUCUACGACACCAAGGCCACCACCGGCGGUGUCUCGAUCGAGGUCGGCACCAAGGCGUACCUUGACAACGCUGCCUUUGUCAAGGCCAAGAUCAACGACGCUGGUCUCCUUGUCCUCGGCUACACCCAGGCUCUCCGCCCUGGCGUCAAGGCCUCGUUCGGCCUUGCCCUCGACACCGCCAAGCUCAACGACACCUCUGCCGGCAACGCCGCCCACAAGGUCGGCGCCUCGUUCACCUUCAACUCGUAA